UUCAUUCCUGCGUUGUUUGGGGACAGUAGGAAGAUGGCGGCGGCCCCGCUGUACUGUGUCUGCCGGCAGUCCUACGAUGUUAGCCGGUUUAUGAUCGAGUGCGACAUCUGUAAAGACUGGUUUCACGGCGGCUGUGUGCAGGUAGAAGAGCAUCAUGCCGUGGACAUCGACGUUUACCACUGUCCCAACUGUGACGUGGUCCACGGACCCUCCCUGAUGAAAAGGCGCAACAACGGCCACAGGCACGACUACACGGAGCCGAACGACGGGUCGAGGCCGGUGCAGGCGGGCACCCCGGUGUUUGUCAAGGAGCUCCAGAACAGGACCUUUGCCAGCGGCGACGAGAUCAUGAUGCAGAUGAAGGGCGAGCACGUGACCACCAGGUACCUGGAGAGACACGGCUUCAACUACCCCAUAAAGGUCACAGAGAUGGAGGGCCUGGGACUCAAACUACCGGCCCGGACGUUCUCCGUGCGAGACGUGGAGCAGUACGUGGGCGGCGACAAAGUCAUCGACGUGAUCGAUGUGGCGCGGCAGGCGGACAGCAAGAUGAAGCUCAGCGAGUUCAUCAAGUAUUACAGCAACCCGCUGCGACCGAAGGUCCUCAACCUCAUCAGCCUGGAGUUCUCUGACACAAAGAUGUCCGAGUUGGUGGAGGUUCCCGACGUGGCUCAGAAGAUGUCCUGGGUGGAGAACUACUGGCCGGACGACUCCUUCUUCCCCAAGCCCUUUGUCCAGAAGUACUGCCUUAUGGGGGUGAAGGACAGCUACACAGAUUUCCACAUAGACUUUGGAGGCACUUCAGUCUGGUACCAUGUUCUCUGGGGUGAGAAGGUCUUCUACUUGAUCAAGCCCACCCCCGCCAACCUUGCACUAUACGAGGCAUGGAGCUCCUCGCCCAAUCAGAGUGAAGUGUUCUUUGGGGACCGAGUGGAAAAGUGCUACAAGUGUAUCGUGCCCCAAGGAACCACCCUGCUCAUCCCUACAGGCUGGAUCCAUGCCGUUCUCACCGCUCAGGAUUGCAUGGCGUUUGGAGGGAACUUCCUUCACAACCUCAACAUCGACAUGCAGCUCAGGUGUUACGAAAUGGAGCGUCGCCUGAAAACCCCAGACCUCUUUAAGUUUCCUUACUUCGAGGCCAUCUGUUGGUAUGUGGCCAAAAACCUCUUGGAAACGCUGAAAGAGCUACGAGAGGACAACUGUCCGCCACAGACCUACCUGGUGGACGGGGUCAAGGCUUUAAUCGGCGCUCUGAGGACCUGGUUGAAAAGAGAGGUGACCGAGCCCAGCAGUGAGGUACCAGACCAUAUCAGGCCCAACCAUCUCAUCAAAGAGCUGACCAAGGAGAUCCGCCACCUGGAGGAGGAACCCGUCAGCGGCAGCAAGCCAGUGAAAUCUCAGGGAGCCGGCUGUGGAGCGCCAUCCGGAUCCACCUCCUGCCCGGCCACUCGCACCACUCUGGAGAGGCUGUGCCAGGCCCGGCAGGCGAGGCGGGCCGCCCGGCGGCUAAGGGAGCAGCAGCGGCAGGCCCCCAAAAUGCCGUCCAACCUGGACAUCCUGGAGCGGCACACCAGGGAGGUGCUGCGCAGGCUGGAGGUGGGGCCGCUCGAGGAGGAUGCUGCCUUCUGUGCCAAGGUCCGUGGGAAGCUCAACAAAGUGUCGACGGCAUCGGCAGCCGCGGAGUCUUUAGAGGACAACCACCUUCGGCUGAUGCUGGUCAACGGCAGGAUUAUCAGAGAUUUAAGGCGACCAGUCAGCAGUCCGGUAAAGUCGGAGGGUGAACGUCCAUCUGUUGACCCACCAAAGAGUUCUGCGACGUCGGAGAGGACACAGGACAGCCGAGAGCAGCACAGCUCGGACGAGAAACCCACACUCCUCCGCGGUCUGGAGAGGGUGAAGAAUGAACUCAGGGAAGAAGCCUCGGGACACUGCAGUGUGUCGGACACGGAUUCAGACAGUGACUCUUCCUCAGAGCGCAAAGCAUCGUCGUCCUCGUCUUCGUCGUCCUCGUCUGACGAGGAUUCGGGGAGUUCCCCGGAGGACGACGGGGGGCGCGGCUCCCGUCAGCAGAGAGGCUCCGGGCACACCAUAGAGCUGGACCCGUCUGGCCAAAAACUCAGGCACAAACACAAACCACUCAAACGAGAACGUCCUACCUCACCCAGCACAGAAGAGGCCAUUCAGGGGAUGCUGUCCAUGGCCGGUCUGCUGUGCUCGUCGGAGCCGGAGAAGGCGGCCUCGUCCCAGGAGCCCUGGUGGUCGGCUUCCAGCCGGUGCUCGCCGCUGGGGCAGCGGGAGGAGGCGCAGCACCGCCUGCAGGGGGACAAGAGCCCCAUGGACAGCCAGGGCAACAGCAGCGAGGCCUGGGACAAUCAGGGGCCGCCCAGCCCCCUCGACCGCCCCGAGGCAGACUACCAGUACUGUGACCCCUCCAUGUCUCCGCCGCUGCACCCUUCCAAGAGGCACGCCCCCAACCCCCCGCCGCCCAUCAGCAAUCAGGCCACAAAAGGCAAGCGGCCCAAGAAAGGAAUGGCCACCGCCAAGCAGAGACUGGGGAAGAUCCUGAAACUCAACAGACAAAACCGGGUGUUUGUUUAACCGUUCCCAUUUCCAAAAGCAGAACGAUGCGUGGGGGAUGGUUUUCUUGAAAGGGAAGCAACAAAAAAAACCAACAAAAAAAAGGAACUUCGGUGUGUGUUGUUACCGACGGUUUCCGUGGAGACCACCGAGACACGUUAAAAGAACACGCUCACUGUGCAUGCUUCGUGCUGAGGAGACAGGGUAUUGGAUUUAAAAUAAGCGAGCCAAGGACCUCGCCCCAAGCACACUAAGAACGGAACGGAAAGGAGCUACGGGACGCAGAGGGGGGGCGAGCAUGCUGGGAAAAGGCCGACCGAACCUCCUGCAGGCAUUGAAAUGGACGCGCUCUACCAAACAAACAAGAAUACUUGUUUAUGAUGCCAAGUUCACCUGCAUCCUAUUUUUUUAUACUUCCCCUCUCUGCUGACCCCCCCCUCCUUCCCCGCACAACCAUAACUUGCUUCACUGCUGACGCCCUGAAGAGGAUGGAGGAGCAGGUGAAACAGCUGUAUAUGUUUUGGGGUGCCAAGGAGGAACUGAAAUUUCUGAACGGUGCUUAUUGUUUGUACUUUCUUCCACUCAUGCUUGUCCCUUCACCCCCCCCCCCCUCCCGUAUCUCAAUCACACCAGCAAUAAUGACUUUUAGGAGAGGAAAGGGUGAGAGUCGGCACUUUGGUGCAUCCUUCCCAGACUCUUCGGUUUGUUAAAAUCGAAGUGGGUGCAUUAAAGGCUCGCACAAUUUAGUGCAAAAUAUACUCUCAAAUCUGCACCGUUUUUGAUGAGUGGAAAGUUUCUAGGAGCUUUUGGCUGAAGGGAAGGCACCCAAAGUGCUGCCUCUCUGGAUUAUUUUGAAAUAGGAGUCAGUCGCUAGGUCUAAAAAAAAAAAAAUGUAGACGACAAAUCUCGUGUGAGAUUGUGCUUAAUUUAUUUGUUAUUUUUGUGUUCCGAAUGAUGUAUUUAUUAAUUGAAAGAGAAUGAUUUUAUUAUAUUUUGACCCUCAGCUAUUGAGUUUUUUUCCCCCUCCUUUUUUAUAGGAUUGAUUGAUUUCUUUUAUUUUUAACACAUGCUUUUUGUAAAUGUGGAUGUUUUAAAGUUCAUGUGAUCAUCUGUUGAGUAGCAAUUUAUCUACAAAUCUUUUCUUACCUUCCAUUUUGUCAACUUUCUCCUGGUUGGAUCCUUUUCUCCCUGUAGCUAUGUGCGAAUAGAAACUAGCGUAGGUUGAGAAAUGUCAACAUCCAUAUUUACACGAGAGCUUUUCCAACUAGUGCCAGUUCUCAUUUAGCAAAAAAAAAAAGACCAACCACAAGUAUUCUGAGCCACUGUGGUCGAUGCAUUGAAACGGAGUGAGAUUCUUCCUUUUUCAAAAGAAAAAAAAAAAAAUUCAGUGCUGAUGUGAGGUGUGUGUUCUUUUCCGGGUGCGCAGUUCUUCACUCUCAGGGAAUGAUGCCAUGGACAUAACCUUCGAUGAACCCACCAGCCACGUCAUGGACGCAGGGCACUGACUUUAAAGACUCCCCUCCUCCUCAAGGCUUUUCUUAGUUUUCCUUAUUUCGUGGUUUAAGUUGUAAUUACAAGCUGUGCUUCAACCAGUCAGUCAUUGUACAUUUGGGCUAAUUUUGACCUUUUGUUGAUAUUUGGUAUGGUCCAUCAGUGUUACCUUAGUUUGGCUCUUAACGGCCCCCCUGUUGCAGAGGAGGGGGCUUGGAGAGCUUCGCUCAGGUUGACUAGUAGUGCACGUGACCUGCGAGUGACUGGUCAGGUGUUUCCCAUAAUCCCAACACAAAGAACCAACUCAAAGCAUUUCACAUUGCCAGACUGAUUUUACCCCUUUUUUCCUUACACUUUGAACUUUUUGCAUGUCAAGUCAUUGAAAACACGAGCUGACCCGCAGGCAGGGUUUGUACUAAGCUGUAGUAUUCAUUGUACACAAUCUCUCCCUUUUCACUUUUCAUGCAGCUUUCUUGGCAUUUGUUUUAGGUGCGUUGGUUCUUACGUGUUCUUUUCCCCCCCACAAGAUUUAAUAUAAACAAAAGCACUGGCUAACUGUGACACUGUUGAUGCAUUUCAAAAAUUGCGUGUAAAUAAAAUUCAAAAAACUAA